UUGGGGGAAUCCAACCCGAACAAGAAACCUGUUCCGUUCCCAGAACAGGGCGUCACAGCAACGAGAGGGGAACCGUUGCAACCAUAUGGUCUCUCGAGUUUACAUUUCUCUUUUCUACAUAAACAAAUCGUCGACCUCGCGGGCUCUGCACGCCAGCGAAAGAGGAGAAAUAUGUCGAAUCGAUGGUCGAGACGCUGGACCCCGAGUCUUGCACGCCACAACAACGAUUCGCAAAAGUACGGCAAUUCAUCGGCCCCAUCCCCCUCAUGCCCAGACGAGGAAUCAUCAGAGGGCGAGAACUUUGGAAGUGCCUUCAGAAUGAUUUCAAAACUUUCGAAACGCCAGAAUUCGACUCAACCACAACCACCGGUAGGGAGGCGAGCGUCAAUCAGGGAGGUCGCUACACAUUUGUUUACAAGACGGCAGAGUGUCAAUGGUGGGAGCCCGAUGCAGAUGCAGGUAGGCAACAACAACAAGACGAGAAUUGUGGGCUUGGAUGUGAUUGUGGGUACGAAAUCCGAUGAUGCUCCGCCCCCACUACCCCCACGUAAAAACAGCCCUCCCGCGGAGGUAUCACGGGAUCGAACACGAGUACGACCAUUGCAACGACAAUCCCAACCGCCGCCGACGACGAGAACGCGAGGGGCGAGUAUCUCGAGUAUCACCAAAGGAAUCUCCGAGACUCUCACAAGAACUGUUUCUGUGACCAGCCCACCGAGAACUCUGAGGAGGAGAGAUGGGCCGAUCGUGAUUCCUCCUCCUGACGGUACACGGUCGGAGUCGGUUAGCACUCCCGAAAAGGGGGGGAAAACUCACGAUAGGCAUGAUUCGUCUUACUCAAGCGUCUCAAGCUCCUUUGAGCUGCACAGAGAUGGAUCCAAGAGCUCGCGAAUUUCGAGAGUCAUGAUCUCCCCUGCGUCGCCUACCCUGACGGCGAGUCAAUUGAUAGACUUAAAAGCGUUUUUAAGCGACGUUGAGAAAUUGUUGAUGGAGCAGCAUAAGUUUUGCGAAAGUUUUUCGCACAACCUGCUUUUCUUGAUGGCUAUCAAGGAGAGGGUGAUUCGGGAGAACAAACGGCUGAACGUGGAGUGGAAGAAGGGGUUGACGAGGGAAUUGUCAGCUUGCCGGGAGGAGCUUGGGCGGGUUUUCACCAGAAAAGCCGUCGUCGGUGAAAGAAGCAUGGCUAUUGUCCGGGAUCUACUCGCCAAACUGGAUGAGGGGAACAAGAAAGAGGGAGAUAUGAUGUCACGGAAACGGGGCAGUCUCCUAGAGCCCUUUCGAGGGCGAGCUGCGAUCAGAAGUCGUCCACCUCUUACACGCCAAACACCUCCCUCACCACCACAGAAAGAUCCUAACGAACUCACCUUGGAAGUUGUCAACAAGGCUUUGAGUAGUCUGAGAAAGGAUGUAGGCUUGCAAAAGCUUCUUGAUGAUUGCAUUCUGGAUGCAGUUACCCGCAAAUGCUGGAAGCCGAGAUGGUGUCGUAACCACAGCAUGAAGAUCGAGAUGAAAAGAUUCGUAGGAUUCGUGUCGGAGAGGUGUGAAAGGCUUGCUAGGAAGGAGGCCGAUCUGAAGAUCCUCAUAGCAGGAAUAGAAGAUGCUAUCGAUGAUGGAAACGGAAAGAGGAGUAAGAGGACGAGUGGAGUGAGUGCCAAGGGAGUGAGUGCCAAGGGGGUUCGGAAUUCUUGGACCCCCUAA